UUUCUAAAACUCAGUUGAUACUGCAUAAAGAUAGCUGGCACCAAAUAUGCGGAGAAAUUUGGAGGAGUUUUUUUAGAGAAAAUGACCCGAAAUUCGCUUUAAAGCCAAAUGUAGAUCAAUGUAACAGUCCUCAAGGCAUAUAUAGGCCUACAAUACAGUCCUUUCCAUCCUGCCUGAGUUAAUCUACUGUACAGGAAGAUCAGGACACUUAAAGAGCAAGACGAAACUGACUUAACAUGUUACCCUCCAUGCCCCAUGUUGAUGACUUCAUGUCAAUAGCUGUAUCCCUCAUUGUGCUUAUUGCUGGAAUCAUUCAUCUACUCCUUAAAAACAACAACAGACCAGGAUAUCUUACGGCAUCAGCAGAGGAUACGUUUGAGAAUUGCAAAUCGCCUGAUUGUGUCCGGUGUUAUAGAUACAAACAUGUGAAAACAGAUGCAAAUCAGAAGUUUAGAACGUACUGUAAUAUAUUGGAUGGAAAUGCACACUCUGAACUGGCAAGAGUAAAAAAUGCUAUAAUGGAGGUAGAAGAAUGUGAAAAGCAAAGUGAACUUCAGCGACCAAAUGUAUUCUAUCUGAAAGGACUCCGAUCUGGCCCAGUAUGGAGUGAGAGAGACAUAUUCUCAAAAGUCAACAAAAUCCUUUGCGAUGGCUUUUCAGAUAUCCGGAAUGAAUUUGUGCUGAUAUCCAGAAGACAAUCUGGCUGGGUAAAAAAUGUAACUCCAACUGGAAGUUGGUUUGUCUUUUCAUUGAUCAAUCAAGGACAGUAUGUCAGAGAAAACUGUGAUAAAGUUCCCGAGACGAUGAAACUCUUGCAGAACAUUCCAAGCAUGGUGGAGGAUAAUUUGUUUGGCAAUGUGUGCUUCUCUGUGAUUGAACCAGGGACACAUAUCACUCCUCACUACGGUCCCUGUAACAUCAGGUUACGAUGUCAUCUUGGAUUGAUCUGCCCUCCAGCCUGCACACUUACAGUUGGUCAGAAAAAGCUGACAUGGGAUGAAGGAAAAUGCUUCUUUUUUGACGACUCAUUCCUCCAUGAAGCAGAACAUUCUGGCAGCCGGUUUGAUCCAUCGAGGUCUAUUCUUCUGGUCGACUUGUGGCACCCUGACAUCACAGAACAAGAAAAAGAUGCUCUGAACUUUGUUUUCCCAAGUUCCCCUACAAGUUAUGAAGACCGCAGGAAGAAAAUGAGUUGAUAACUAACACUUACCACAAAAUUCGAUACUGUCUGCUCGGUCUCUAUGUUAUUGGUAUAUUUUUUGAACUCGCAAUGAACGAAACAAGAUAGGUCAGCAUCUACUACAAAUAAUGUUAAAAAAUCUAUUGCUAUAAAAGGAGUGCUACUAGUCUUAAUUUUUCUGUUAAUCCCUUCUUCAUUUCCUGCUGAAUGUUCUCACAAUAAAU